CUGCAGGCGGCCGGCCCAGCUGGAGGAAGCGGCGGCGGCAGCGGCCACGAUGAGCACGGGCGACGCCGUGUGCACCGGCUGGCUGGUCAAGUCGCCCCCGGAGAGGAAGCUGCAGCGCUACGCCUGGCGCAAACGCUGGUUUGUGCUCCGGCGGGGACGCAUGAGUGGCAAUCCUGACGUCUUGGAGUACUACCGGAACAAGCACUCCAGCAAGCCAAUACGUGUGAUAGACCUCAGCGAGUGUGCUGUGUGGAAGCAUGUGGGCCCCAGCUUUGUACGGAAGGAAUUUCAGAACAAUUUUGUAUUCAUUGUCAAGACUACUUCCCGUACAUUCUACCUGGUGGCCAAGACUGAAGAAGAAAUGCAGGUGUGGGUGCACAGCAUCAGUCAGGUCUGCAACCUUGGCCACAUGGAGGGCAGUGCAGCAGAUUCCAUGGAGAGCCUCUCUUACAUGCCCUCCUCUCUCCAACCAUCCUCUGCCAACUCCCUUCAUACUGCCCAUGCUGCCAGCUCCUCCUUGCCAAGAGAUGAACCAAACACUAAUACCAUAGCCACUGAGGAAACCAGAAGUGAGUCAGAGUUCCUCUUCCUUCCUGAUUAUCUGGUUCUGUCCAACUGUGAGACUGGAAGACUGCACCAUGCCAGUCUUCCCACCAGAUGUGAUAGCUGGUCAAACUCAGACCGCUCACUGGAACAGACUUCAUUUGAUGAUGUUUUUGUUGAUGGCCUGCAGCCACUACCCUCCAGUAACUUGGUCCAUCUCUCACGCCAUGGGAAUGGAUCUCAGGAGGCAUCUUCCAUGAGGUCCCAGGCUAUUAUGAUCUGGAAUAGAGAAAUCAAUGGGCCUUCCAGGGACCACUUGUCUUCUUCCUCAUUGCUGGAAACAUCCUUAAAUUCCACCAUUCAGGUAGAAAAAAGCCAACUUUCCUUGCCCUGCGCAGCAAAACAACUAGAUGUAUCCAACACUCCACCUCCCCGCCCUCCUAAACCAAGCCAUUUCUCUGAACGGCGCCAAGAGGAGCAGCACCUGUGGAGUGGGCACAGCACCAGCAAGAAACCAGAAUGCACUCUUGUGCCAAGAAGAAUCUCUCUUUCUGGUUUAGACCACAUGAGAACCUGGAAAGCUGAGAUAGAAUGCCAAUCCUUAAGACACCGAGACAAGCGGCUUAGUUUAAAUCUGCCCUGCAGGUUCUCCCUGAUGUAUCCCCCAGCUUCAACCAGUGCCGAAGACAGCUAUGUGCCCAUGAGCCCCCAGGCCAUUGCCUCUGGUCUUGGACCCCAUUGCAGCCAGGAUGACUACAUCCCUAUGAGCUCAGGAAGCAUCUCAAGCCCACUGCCUGAGCUACCUGCAGACUUAGAGCCUCCACCAGUGAAUAGAGAUCUCAAACCUCAGAGGAAACCACGACCACCUCCCCUGGACCUGAGAAACCUCUCCACCAUCCGGGAACACACAUCUUUAACCAGGACCCACACCGUGCCUUGCAAUCGAACCAGCUUUCUCUCUCCAGAAAGAAAUGGUAUUAAUCCUACAAGAUUUUUUGCCAGUCCUGUUUCCAGAGAGGAGGAAGAAAACUACAUCCAAAUGGAGGAGCACCAAACAGCCAACUCCCUGAGCAGUGGUGCUCUUACCUGGACAAAGAAGUUCAGCCUGGAUUAUUUGGCCCUGGACUUUAAUUCAGCAUCAUCAGCCCCUGUACAGCAGAAACUUCUUCUUUCAGAAGAGCAAAGAGUAGACUAUGUCCAAGUGGAUGAGCAGAAGACACAAGCUCUCCAGAACACCAAGCAGGAGUGGACGGAUGAAAGGCAAUCCAAAGUGUGAGAUGUGUGGGUCUGGGCCAGGUGUGAAACUGGGAAGCUUGGGGUUCAGUUUGUAUUUUUUUUUCACUAAAAACACACCAAUGGUCAACACAGGUCAAAACCAAGAGAGAAUGUGUAGUUUCUGUGGUAUUGGCGAGAACUUUUAGGAGGAAAGGAUCUGUUUAUGCAUUGGAUGGAAAGGAGAAGCCAGCAGUUUCCUCUCAAGCAGGUAUGAAGAGGGCCAACCCACACCCCUUUACCCCCACUUCCAGAGCCUGUGACAGAAGGUCAUUUCUCCAGCCUCAGAGAUGCUUGCAAUGGUUCCACCGUCACAAAAGGAA